AUGGAGAAAAAGAGAAAGGAAAUGAGCGAAGAAACGAUCAAAUUGGAAGAAAAUCGCUACGUAACGCCAAAUACUACAAUUUGCAACGGAAUAUUAAGAUCAAAGAGAGGGCAGAGACCUGCUCACUACAUGCUUAGGAUAAAUUCAUAUUCAAAACUGGCUGUUACUAAGCUUGAAAGUUAUGAAUCUGAUGUAUUUGAAGCUGGUGGUUUCAACUGGAGGAUGGUUGUCUAUCUUCGUGGAAAGAAUCAAGUCAGAGAUCAGCAUAUAUCAAUGUACUUGGCAAUCGCAAAACGUGAGGAACUCAAUGCUGUUCGAGAAGUCUUUGUCCAUUUCAAGUUUUUUGUUUACGAUCAAAUACGUGAUCAGUACUUGGUCAUUCAAGACGUUACUAAUGGAUAUCUUGUUGACGAUUCUUGUGUAUUUGGAGCUGAGGUCUUUGUUGUUCAGUGUUCUGGAAAUUGGGAAUGUCUUACAACACUGGAUAACAAAUUUAAGGAUUCAUAUAUAUGGAAGUUGUCUAAUUACUCGCAGAUUGUGGAGGAAUUUUGUGAGUCCGAAGCAUUCUCUAUUAAAGGCAAAACAUGGAAGCUGAGAGUUUAUCCCAGAGGUGAUAGGUCUCCCAAAAACGAGUUUCUGUCCAUAUUUUUGGUCUUGAAUGAAGAUGAAAGCCCGGUGGCAAGAAAGAAAUGGUUCGCCGAGUACACAUUACGCGUUAAGAAUCAAUCUGUACCACCGAGAACUUGGGAAUCGAAUGUUGCAGCAUGGCUCAGUCAACGGAGAAAUACAUGGGGAUUCAGUCAAUUCUUGUCGCUAAAGGAUCUUAAUGAAUAUACUCUGAUUAUCGAAUGCCAGAUCACUUGCCUAAGUGAAGUUGAGCAUUUCAAACAAUGA